AUGCAACACGCAAAAAUUCCUAAAGUUAUUAUUAUCGGUGCAGGCCCAGGGGGACUUGCCCUUUACCAUGCAUUAAUAAAGAACAAGGAUAAGAAAGAAUUCGACGUAAAAAUCUUCGAGCGGGAAUCUAGUCCAAAAGGUAAAAGAGAAAUGUACAAAGUUUUAUCUGUAAUUGAACUUGCUUUUAAAACUUUACCAACAUUUUAUUUAAAAAUAGAUCGAUGGCAAGGGUAUCAUAUCGGGUUAAAUACUCGUGGAAUUCGAUCUCUUUUGAAUUGCACAACAUCCUCGGUCGCUUCAAAUCUUACAAAAGCCAUUCCAGAUCCACUUCCUGAUGUAGAAUUCCAUGGAAUCUCAAUCAUUGACCAUGCAGGAAAUCUUUUAUUAAGGCCACCAACUAAACAAGUUCAAAACUUACAAGAAAUUGUAAAGAUACCUGAUGAUUUUUCAGUUAUAAUUUCUUAUCGUGAUAGGCUUAGAGACGUAUUAUUAGACGGAGUUUCAGUACAAUGGGGUAAAAAAUGUAUCGGAUACGAAGAAACUAAAGAAGGUGUUUGGGUAACUUUUGAUGAUGGUUCGCAAGAAUUUUGCGACAUAUUAGUUGGCGCAGAUGGAAUUAAUUCUCCAGUACGAAAACAGCGAUUACCCGAAUUGCAAAUUUUCGAUUAUGGAGUAACUCAUGUUAAUACAAAUGUUGCCGUGCCUAAGAACCUUAUGGACAGGAUCAUAAAGUUACAUGGAAAUAGUUUACUGCAAAAAUCUCUCGGGUUACACGGCGACGCGUCAUUGGUUACCUUUCGUCUAAUUCCAAUCGACGAUUAUAAGGAAAAUAGCGAUUAUAAUGAGCCUUAUUACAGAGCAACCAUAAAUUAUUCGUACCCUGCCAAGUUAGAUGAUGUUGAAUCUGACAAAAUCAAAGUUGAUGAUAAUGAUUCUGCAUCAGUUAUUGAACAUGUCAAACAGAUGAUUCGAAAAUUAAGACCAGAAGGCGAGACGACCGAAAUUUUAUUAGAAUUAUGGGAUCUAGCUCCUAAAGCAAUUCCAAUCGAUCUGGAAAAAUAUCCAUUUAAAACUUAUAUUCCAACUCAACGAAGAAAUUAUCGAGACAUUAACCCAUCAUCCGUCAGUCAUUGGAUAAGUAGUCGAGUAACGUUGUUAGGAGAUGCCGUUCAUGCAAUGAAUCCUAUACUUGGAUUAGGAACCAAUAACGCUAUUCAAGAUGCCGAUUUGCUCUCUCAAGCGUUAAUUAAUUCAUCAUCAGAAGAUUUUAUUUCUAGUAUUCAAGGUUAUGAAAAUGAAAUGCGAAAAAGAGCAUCCGCUGACGUGUUAAAAUCUAGGACUGCUGCAUUAAAAAUGUCAGUUCCUGUUGGACUUUUUUGGUCUAUUAUUAGAAAUAGUAUUCUUAAGGCCGUGAAUUUCAUUUUGAACAUUCUGAAUACUUUUGCAAAGUGA